CUUGGUUAAAGUAGCAUGUGUAGGCCAGGCCAACCACAUGCUGACCACAUGAUUGCAUCUACAUUUACAUCUACAUCUGGUAGUAUUUGUCAACGUCUCCUCAACAGCAUGGCUACCAGCUACCUCAUCAAAUCUUCCAGCUCAGCUCAGACGUGCACCAAUAAGGCCUAUCCAGCGCUCUCUAGCCGGCCGACUUUAUUGCGUAACCCCAAACGGGCGGAAAUGAAGAGCUGCUCGUCACCGUACUUCGUUUCGACGUGUGUCAACUGUUUUUCUGACGUCCAAACGGGUCCAGGCCAGGCCAGCGCACAAGGGAUUUGUCACCCAUCAAACAGGAGCUCAGAGAACUGCUGGGAGCUGCUGCCAGGAGCGCACUGGUGGCAUACUACAACAUCGAUCGAUCCUGUACAAACUGAUUCCCACCACCACCACCACGGCCACCACCGCCGGGUAUUAUAUGCACAACAAACAGCAGACACGCAGUUGUACAUUUCUCUCGGGGGCUGAUUUUCCAAACAAUCAAUAAAAGCCUAAAUGGCUGAUAUCCGUUUUAGAUGUCUAUGAUAACAUUUGAUGCAUUCAAAGCAAGAUGGUAUAUUAUCUUGCGUAGUAUUAUAUAGGAAUCCCAACUU